ACUGUGUUACGAGCCGACCCACACAUUGGCCUUUUGCAUCGUGGGACAGAGAAGCUGAUGGAAUACAAGACGUACCUGCAGGCCUUACCUUACUUUGAUAGGUUGGACUAUGUCUCCAUGAUGUGUAACGAACAGUGCUACUCACUCGCCAUUGAAAAUCUCCUAAACAUCCAGGUUCCCGAAAGAGCCAAAUGGAUCCGCGUUUUGUUUGGGGAGUUGACUAGAUUAGCAAAUCAUAUGAUGGCAGUAACAACACAUGCUCUUGAUGUUGGUGCUAUGACCCCGUUCUUCUGGAUGUUUGAGGAAAGAGAAAAGCUUUUUGAAUUCUCUGAACGAGUGUCCGGUGCACGUAUGCAUGCAGCCUACGUACGACCUGGAGGAGUACAACAAGAUCUUCCCAUUGGCCUGAUGGAUGACAUAUACGAUUUCCUUUCAAAGUUUUCUGAUCGAAUUGAUGAAAUGGAAGAGAUGCUAACUUUUAAUAGAAUCUGGAAAGAUAGGCUGAUUGGCAUUGGAGUUGUGACUGCAGAAGAGGCUCUCAACUAUGGCUUCAGUGGUGUCAUGUUGCGGGGCUCUGGUAUCAAAUGGGAUUUGCGCAAGACACAGCCCUAUGAUGCAUAUGACCAGGUGGAAUUUGAUGUACCUAUUGGUACCAACGGAGACAGUUAUGACAGAUACUUGAUUCGUGUGGAGGAGAUGAGGCAAAGUCUUCGUAUUUGCCUGCAGGCACUCAACAAGAUGCCUGAGGGAGAGAUUAAGGUAGAUGAUAACAAGGUAUCACCACCAAAGAGAGCAGAGAUGAAGGAGUCUAUGGAAGCCCUCAUCCACCAUUUCAAAUUGUACACAGAAGGUUACCAAGUCCCCCCAGGGGCAACAUACACUGCAAUAGAAGCUCCCAAGGGUGAAUUUGGAGUUUAUCUGGUGUCUGAUGGCUCCAGUAGGCCAUACCGUUGCAAGAUCAAGGCUCCUGGAUUUGCUCAUUUAGCCGCAUUACACAAGAUGUCAAAGGGCCACAUGCUGGCUGAUGUAGUCGCAAUCAUUGGUACACAAGAUAUUGUAUUUGGAGAAGUGGAUCGAUAAAACAACACAAAGAAAGAGAUUUUGAGAUUUUGAAAUUAUAAAUGAUGGAAGCAGGCAACGUUGCAUGUUAUUUAAAAUGUUGGAAAUAUAAUCUGAAAAGGAACAAGACCGACUGUAAUCAGCAUUGAGAUACCAUUUACCGUGAACUAAUCUAGGUCUACCUGUUGUGUGAAUGAUUUGCAUUUACUGAGUGUAGAAAGAUUCAGAAAAACAAAAUUUGUGUUGUAAUGAAGACUAGAGACAUUGUUUCCUAUGUACAUACCGCAUCAGAUUGCAGAUUUAAAUAAAUAUCUUCUGAAUAUAUA